AUGGCGACCGCUGCUCUUCAAUUUUUCCAUGCCUUCGGUCUCAUGUGUAAUCUUAAAUAUCUCCAGAAACAACAGAAGUCAUCUAAAUGGAGUGCAGAAGCUGAUUUCAAGAUUACCUUAAAAUACGCCUACUUUAUUGUCAUGGGAGGACUACGUUUAGACGUCAACGACAUCCUCUCUCUUCCGGAUAUGGACCCUUACGCUCAAAAGCUUUUCAAAGACCCCGAUGCUCAUCUCAACACUGUUCGCCCUGGCCCCCCUGCUAUUAUCGCGCUCGCCAACAAGGGUCAUUGGAUCAAAAUCCGAGAGGAAGAGAUUGAUGACAAGAGUAAGGCCAAUACAAUUCAGAAGGUUCUUGUUCUUAUUCAAGUCCUCUGGAUGCUCAUGCAAUCUUUCGUGAGGUGGGGAUCUUUGCUUCCAUUUACUAUACUGGAAUACCAUACCGUGAUCCAUGUUAUUUGCGCUCUCUUUCUGUAUGCUCUGUGGUUCCAAAAACCCCUCGACAUUCAGGAGCCAAUCGUUAUUCAGCCACGAGACUUUAAAGCCGAAGUGGCCAUCAUGCUCCAGAAACAAUUCUAUAGCAGGAUGUCAUAUAGGCUAGCAAUCUUUCCUUCGAUGAAGUCACAUGAACAGUUAGCCCCGCUUGACACGAAAGGGAGACACAUGCGAUGGAUCCAUCCGGUAGCGACAGGAGAAAUGAGGGUGGGUGAUAUUCUAACUUCUGGGCUAGCUUUAUAUAGGGCAGAUAUGAGGGAGGCCACCUACAAAUCCUUCCCACACGGCACCUUGAGGCAGGAACUCUGCUCAGAAUCUGAAUGGCUGGAGUUUUCUUUCUUAAUUACAUCUCAGUUCCUCGCGAGAUGGCACGAUAUUUUGUCAAAGUUUCCCGAUGAACAAAGAGAGAACCCGCCUGAAAUACCAAGAGAUCAUUUCACACCAAGUAUACCACCCUUUGGAGAAAACAACAAGCCCGUCCUUCUCCUUAUAUGCCUCGAGGAAUUCAGACACGUGCCGAAGCUCGAUUGCGAAAGGGACUUUUGGGAGGGCAAGAGCCUUUUCACUCAAGAUAUUGCUCCUCAAUUUGAAGCACGGGGUUUCUUUGAAACAUAUAAGCCUGUAUGGAGGUUCUGGAAGUAUUGGAAGGUAUCCUUCCUUGCCACGGUCUUUUCCACGAUUUUUGGCGGUGUUCACUUAGUAGCAUGGACCUGGGUGUUUCCUACCCGAGAAGAGGAAAUACUGUGGAAGCUCAGCUGCUUUGUUAUUAUAGGUGCACUGCCUUGCUACUUUGUCAUUUCUUCCUUUGUCUGGUUCAGCACGCUUCUCAACUCACGUGUUCUCGACCUUGCACGGAAAGCACCGGAAUCUCUCAAGAAAAGCAUGAAGAAGAUGGCCAAGUUCUUUUGUGUAUGCCUACUAUGGGUUUUGGGUAUCGUCUAUAUUCUCUCGAGGCUCUUCAUUGUCGCCGAGGCUUUUGCAAGUUUGCGUUACUGCCCUGUUGGUGUUUUCGUCACCUUUCAGUGGUUGCAGCUAUUUCCUCAUUUUUAG